UGUUGACUGCCGUGCCGUCCUCCUCUCAAAGCCCGGAGUGAAUCUUUUUUGCACUGCCCUCCUCUCUCAGUCACGUGCACUCUCACUCUGCCCCUCUUUCACACCAUCUCACCUCUUGCCUUCCCUCUCUGAAUCCUUCUGCUCUCUCUUUCUGUCUUCCUGAAGCUUUCUGGAGGAAUUUCUAGCUUAGAGUGCCUGUCAAGCAGUAAGAAGAAGCUCUCAAGAAGACAGAAGACAGACAAAGUGGAGAGACUGAGCAGAGUAGUGGCGUCAGUAUGCCGUGUGUGAGCUUCCUGUUGGUGGGGACUUGCCUGCUGGUCCUCGGCCCGGCUGUUUGGGGCGCCCCCAGCCAGUGCCCGGCUCAGUGUCACUGCCAUGGGGACCUGCAGCAUGUCAUCUGUGACAACGUGGGGCUGAAGAAGAUCCCGCAGGUGUCCGAGGCCACCCGUCUGCUCAACCUGCAAAGGAACAACCUGGGCAGCCUGCCCACCGGCUCCUUCGCCAGCAGCAAGGGUCUCAUCUCGUUGCACAUGCAGCACUGCCAGCUCCAUGAGAUUGGCGGCCAGGCCUUCAAGGGACUCAAGAAGCUAAUCUACCUCUACCUGUCCAACAACGAGAUCACCAGCAUCAAGCCAGGUGCCUUUGAGGACCUCACCGAGCUCACUUACCUCUACCUGGAUGGCAACCGUAUCAGCGACCUGCCCAAGGGAAUCUUCUCACCCAUGAUCAACCUGUUCAUACUGCAGCUCAACGACAACAAGCUGCGUGACAUCAAGCCAGGCACCUUCGCCGGAGCCAAAGACCUGCGCUGGCUGCACAUGAGUGGCAAUGAGAUGAACUCGCUGCAGCCGGGCUCUCUGGAUGACGUGGAGAACCUGGCCAUCCUGCACCUGGACAGGAACAGGCUGUCCACCUAUCCUGGCCUGGCCAUGAGCAAGCUGAGAGUGGUGGAGGAACUGAGCCUGGCCAAGAACCCCCUGAGGAGCAUCCCCGACAACGCCUUCCAGAGCUUCGGACGCUACAUGGAGAAGCUGCACCUGGAUGGCAUGGGGCUGGAAAAGUUCUCUGACGCUGCAUUCAACGGAGUGACGGCCAUCAAGUCUCUGCACCUGGACAACAACAAGCUCAAGUCCCUCCCCAACAGCCUGGAGUUCACCACUAUCACCAACCUCACGCUCUCCAACAACCCCUGGAGCUGCACCUGCACGCUUGCCCCUCUGCGCAAGUGGAUGGACUCUAGCCGCCAGCGCCCUGAUGCGCUCUGUGCAUCUCCAUCCUCACAGAGAGGAAAGCAGAUAAGAGACAGCUCUGCCUUCAGCAGCUGCAAAGUCAAGACAAAGAGAGCCAAGAAGGGCACGCGCCAUUAAAACAGAACUCUCUGUCUGCUCGUCAGAGUCUGUCCCCUGGCUGUUCUUUUUCCAUCUUGGCCUUGGUGUCCUGUCCAGAACAGCGUGUCCCGGUCAUGGCGUUGACCCGUAGGAGGGCAGACUGUUUGACUUGGCUCCUGAUGUUUAUGUCUUUCUACAGGAGACGCUGCCUGAGGGUAAAGGCCUGUCCAGGUGACGGGCUCGGUACGUCUGCAGAGAAAGAAAGAAAGCAACUCUAACUGCUACUUCAAGACUGUCCAUCUCACUAUCUGCCAAAUCUCAAUUUCACAUGUACACACAGGGAGUGAUACAUGACACAAACACAUGCACACAAAAAACACAAACAGAAAACCAAAAGGCUUACAUGAAGCAGAGACUCAAGAAAACACAAGUACACAAGGGGAAGAAUUCACACAACCCACACACACAACAUACACACAACCUUUAUCAAUACAAACACACACCUUUCUUUCAUCCCACUCUCUUUUCAACGGCUGAGGAAUUUGUCAAGCAUCCUACAACCAACACUCAGACAAACAGCCAUGUUGACUCUCCUCGUCUCGCUCUCCCUGACGCCAGCUUUACACCUUCACCUUUCAGGACCCUGCCGCCUACUGCCACAGCAAUGGCCUGCAUAAUUCCCCAAGCCCCCCCCCCACCCCAAAAAAUACCUAAAUGGAAUGCUCCAGGCCAGAUCUCCCUUUAUUUUCUAUGGGUCACUCGGUUGGUCAUGUCUCGCUGUCUCGCUUCUCCUGUGAGAAAUUCUCCGUAAAACGGACGUCGACGUAGCGUGACCCCUCUCAAACUCUGACCAAAGGUAAACGACACAUCACAGCGCAGGCGGCUGAGGACUUUUUCUGAAAGGGUUUAUGAGACAACAGAGCGAUGGCAGGUCAAAGUUGAGAAGGAACAGUCAGAGACGACAUGAACAAAGAAAGGACUCCAGUUCACCAGCAGUAUCUUUCGUUUAAAGACUGAAUACAUACAAAGGACAAUCUCCCUAGAGAUACAAAGAUACUUCAUUCUUACAUGAAUUAAGUUUAAAAGGGUUACAAUGCAUUUAAAUCUGUUAUCACAGGGGGAAAUGGUGUACAGUUCAAAAUGUAUAUGAGAGAGGUGUCAUGUCUUUGACUAAAUAAGUAAUAUACUAAAUAUUUUGCCUUUUCCAUCCCCCCUGCUGUGGCAAUGCUUCAUUUGUUAGCGGACACAUCCAGACACACUGUGUUACAUUUCAUUUAAAGUAAUUGAUUGACAUUGAAAAAAUAUACUUUUUACUGCUAAGUCAAUGGAUUGUCUAUAAGCAUCAAACACUUACCAAACUCUGCGAGUAUCAUAACUCUUAAGAUUUGACUCUUCUUUUUUUAUGUAUAUUGAACAUCAUAAAUGUAUUUUUUCGACUUUUGGAGGUGAACAACUCACAUCCAAUAAACAUCUAAGAAAUAAA